CACAUUUCCUGUUUGUAACUGAACAAAGUACACACAAAAGAUUUUAAGACACAGAAGAGAGAAACCCGAGGUACGGUUACAGACACGUUUUACUGGCACACUGCUUCUAAAGUGUGUACCUUUACUGAGAAAAAAAGAGUUUGUGGGAGCCUUUUUAAUCCAUACAUUUCCCUUAUGGCUACAUAAAGAUUUCUCUGACAAAGGAAGCAUGUCAGGAAACUCUGAAUGCCAGUUUUAUGCCUGGAUAAUUGUAGCCUUUUUGGGGUUAGCUCUGGUUGUAUCACUGAUCUUCAAUAUUUCCCACUAUGUGGAAAAGCAGCGACAAGAUAACAUGUACAGGUACCCUGAAGACUACAUUCCCAGAGAGGAUGAGUAUUAUAUUGAAGACACACCAAUUUAUGGUAACUUAGAUGACAUAGUCCCAGAACCAGUGGAUGAAAAUUGUUAUGAACAAAUGAAGGCUCGACCAGAGAGAUGUACAAAUAAACUGCAAGAAGUGACCCUGCCUGCACAGGCAACCGAGGAAGGACAGAUGCUCUAUGCCUCACUGGAUCACAGCUGUGGGGGGAAGAGCAGGAUGCCCAAGAAGGAGAACGGUAAUUUGUUAGACAAGGAUGAAGAUGGGCAGUUACACACAGGGGAUGCCAGCCUUUCCAAGGUCACUUCGGUAAACAAUUUCCCACUUGAGAGCCAGGAAAUAGAGGAAAAUGUUCAUGAUGAUCCCAUCCGAUUGUUUGGAUUGAUUCGUGCGAAGAAAGAAUCUAUAAACUAGAUGGACUGUGAUCGAGCUCAAUAAUCCAGCUCUUACUGGAGAUGUUAAAGCCAACAAAAUCCCUAUACGACACGACAUGAUUUGGGAGGGUGACGAUCUACAUCAUUUGUUAGUGAGAUGGUGGCUGACCUCUUAUCCAGAGCUUAUGUUCUUGCACACCAAACGUAAUGCCAUGAAAAUCAGUUAUUUGAAUUUGCUUAACAAAUGCCUAAGUCGCAAAAUGUAAAAUAAAAUCAAGUCUGCACACGGAGCCUAAUUAUGGAGUCAUAACUUCACCGACAAUACUGAAUACUCAGAGAAAUAAAACAAACAAAACAAAAGUUUUAAGCACAAGUAUAUUCUAGAACACAUUGAAAGAAAAAUAAAAGCCACCUUUUAAAAAAAUAUUUCAUCCUUUUUCAUCCACGUAACAUCCCUUAAUUGAAAGAAAUUUCUGAUUGAAAGACAUGGGACAUUAAAUACAUUCCUACAAGAAGUGGAAGAAUCUUCUUAAGAAGAAUUGUUCCGAAAUGGAAGUAUCUUUAUUGCUUUUAAAAAUUAUUAUAAAGUUAGUGCAUGCUCCCUAUAACAAUAGACAAAUAUACAAAAGAAGUUGGAUAUCACACUAGCCAGAGAUAAUUACAAUGAGCAACU